UCUGCCCAAAGUCGUUCCGUGCACCAUCUUCUUCGUCACGUGAGCUCGCACAUAUCGGUAGCAAUAUAACAGGAUACGUUAUGGAAGCCUCCAACACUGAAGUAACCGCUACGGAAGAUAGCCUCUAUCCGCUACCACGUCAAGAUAUCGUUCCUGAAGACCAAUCCAAACGUGAAGAAGGACAAGAGACAACGUCUGUAGAAAUUUCUCCUGAAGGGUCCAGCCAGCCUGAAGAACCAGUCCAGCGCCCUCAAGCGGGACCGCUACUGGAAUAUGUCCAAGACGAUGGACGUGUAACAGCAAGGUCGCCAAGCUUGUAUGCCAUCUGGUUCUUCGCCUUCCUGGGUGGAAGCAGCAUCGUCAUCGUCUCCUCACUCUUUGUUCGUGGUGACUCUUUCUUUGGACAGCGACCGGUCACAGUCGCUAAAUUAUCCAACGUCAUCCCUUGGUACUGGAACAGGGACGACCUCUCCGCCUUGGGCUUUCCUCAGAACUUCGAUGGAACUUCGUCGUCUCCGAAGACGUCGACGGAUCUCGACGCUGACUCAGAGGUUCCAGACGCCCUCAGGAGUAACGACUCAUUCUGUUAUCGUCAGUUCGAACAGGAAAAUGACACUGCCUUCAACGAUACAGGCCCUGAGUUUGUAGCGCCACCUGUCAGUCGCAAGCAGAACCAUCACGUUGUCUGCGUCCUCAACAGGACAUCUCUCCAGCGUACUCAGCCCUAUGCCUUCUACCCCCGUCUCGUGGCGCUGCGUUAUUGCACCCACGUCAUCUAUCACUCACCUCUAGCCAGUGACGGUGCUAGACUGGCGUAUCGCAAUCCAGCCGUCGAUCGCGACCACGGCAUGGACGAGGUGCGCCGUGCCGCUGAGAGGCAGCGCUUCAACGUCUCUUUCUUGGUUUCUAUUGGUGGCCAUGAGGUGGACAACCUGAACUGGUCUCGGCUUGUAUCAAAGAAACGAAACUUCCAACCAUUUGCAGACGACGUUCUUGAAGUCCUCAAGACCCACAGUUAUGACGGAGUCAACCUGGACUGGUUCUACCCGGGAGGACGCUGCGGAACUCCGAGUGACGUGUCGGGCUUCACGAGUCUCGUGCAGCACCUGAAGUCACGCCUGACGUCUUCCGAAAACAGCCGAACCUAUUUCGUCUCUAUCAUGCUUCCGUACCAGGAGCGCCAUCUGGAUUACAAUUACCAACUAAAGCCUUUGUCCGGGCUCGUCGACUUGCUUAUAGUUCGAACGCACGACAUGUGCGGUCCUGGUAGUCCCCGAAUACGGUGUCCUAGUCCGUACGAGGAUAACUUUGGGCCAGCCCUGAAGACUACCCUGAUGAUGCUCAGUGUGAAGGUGUACCACGCCUACUGGACAAAGGUCUGCGUUAGCGUAUCGUUAAUGGCGACCACGUUUACGUUCGACGGGAAUGGUUCCAACAGUGGCCUUCUGCAGGAACAGAGUGCCAUAAAGAGGACAGGAAGAGCGGGUUUCUUCGAAGUGUGCGACUGGGAAGAAAGGAACUCCUCUACGGUUGAUAAUCAGUGCAGUGUAAGAGGGCGAGGGGAUACGGUAGCAGUGUUUGAAGACCGCCAGGACUUGAAGAGGAAGUUGAGGAGAAUGCUGCAAGAGGGCUACGGAGCGAUGUGUGUCGCUGUUUUUGAUAUUGACACGGAUGAUUCUCUCGGGAAAUGUAAGGGCAAUGAUGGCCUUAUGAGUCCUCUAUUAAGGGCUGUUUACGAAGGGAGCUGAUGCAUAAGGUGACGCCGUGAUCUACUGGCGUUUUUGAUAGUAAAGUAGACCGGUACUUCUA